CACAACAUUACCAGUCAUCUGUAGUGGGAUCAACGUCGGAUUGUUGUUCAUUCGAGAGUUCCCCAAUGCAACAAGAUAAUAUGUUAUAUGCGACGCGUCCAAACAGGCUGGAAGUCGAAUAACUGCGACUUUUGAGCAGUCGUUCCUUCAGUCUAGUCAUCUUCUCUUCAUCAAUCAACUACCGCAAAAAUGGACUGUAGGACUAUGGAUAAUGGAACCAUCUAAUGCCAGUGGGGACAGUGGGAAAAGAGCUGUAACUUCGACUUCAGAAUUCGUGAUCUUUUUAUUAUAAAACGGUAAAUGUAGAGCGUUUCCUUCCGCCCGAUACAUCACCCCUUCAGGUUUUUCUUCAAGGUACCUUCCUCAGGAGAAGACUCGAACGGUGGACAACAUGAAAAACUCCUUCUCUACGCUCCCACUCCUCCUCCUAUCUUUCCUCCUCAUUUCCGGAGUUCAAGCUGAUGGCGGCUGCCCAGACGGUUACGAGCCGAUCAUACUCGAUGGAGAAGCUAUAUGCGAGGAGAUUAUUCACAGAUGCGUUGGUGGUGAGGAACGGCGCUACGUUGACAGUAACAACGCACGUCUCUGCUGUGACCCUAGAGAACAGUUGGUGAUCUACGACGAAGAGUCUCGUGCCGGUGUGUGCUGUGGUUUUGACCAGAUUUACACCGGGAUCAAACCCAACGGCAAAUGCUGCCCACCCAAAUCUGCCUUGAACAAAGACGGAGCGUGUAUCCCUACGCCAACACCCUCUAGCUGCCAAGGUUGCCCCGCUCAACAGCCAGGUGCAUGUCAGUUGAAGGUUACUUGCGGAGACGCCACGACUAGUGGAUUACAGUUUGGAAAAUGCUAUCAGUUGUUGUACCCUAACGGACAACAACUUGGAAGAGGCGCGUUCAACGCCGAGCACAUAGAUCAGUAUGCUCAGGGCGGCUACAUCCAAAACAUCCCAUUCCAGAUCUGCAAGGCGCCGACGGAUUGCGGAACUGGACCUGUCAGGGCUGUGGAUAAGUUCUACCUUAAGGAUCUCAUUGGACCGGCUGAUGGUUCAGCAACUUACGGUUGGAUUGGUUGGCCCGGCUUCUCCGGAAACCAUAUGGUUCUCACCACGAGCAACACCCCUGCUGAUAUCAACCAGUUCCAGGGGAAAACAUCGUGCUCUUCUUGCAAGUGCGUCGUACAACUCCGCGCUGUGGGACCUGCUUGCCCGGCCAUUCAGCCGGGUAUCACCAUCCAACUCAAUAAGAAAGUGACUUUGAAGUUGCAGUUCUUGGAGGUCCCGUGCAACGGAAAAUUCAACUUCCCAGUCUGAUUUGCUGAUUAUCUUUUAUCAUGGUUCCGAAAAGUUCUUUUUCCCUAGAAAAAAUGAAGAGAUUUUCGC